CUUUGUGUAACAUGGCGGCGUUCAUAAGAGAGCUCGCUUUUCAAACUACUGGAUGCUUUCGUCCUUGUUUGUCGUAUUUCAUUUGGGUCUGCUCUUGUGAAGGCAGGGUUUGUUUUGCUUCAUAGCUCGCUCGUCAGGACACUAUGGACGCGAAGAAAGAGCUAGAUGGGCUAACUUUUAAGGAGAUGAGAUUCAAGAUGUGCCGCUUCCUCGAAGAGCAAGGGAUCGUCAAUGACCUUCGUGCGCGACUGCGCUACAAAUUUGUGGAGGCGCUCAAGAUAACUACACAAAGCGCCAAGUGUUCAUCGCAAACUCUUCUCCAUCAGGUGGUCCUGUGGCUGAUCCAGGACUACCUGUCCAGCCAGGGCUACGAGUACGCGCUGUGCACGCUCGCUUGCGAGUCUGGCGUCGGCCGGGAGCCCUUCUCGGCACGCGACGUCGAGGAGUUGCUGCGCGUGGCCCCGCAGCGUGACGGGCCGUGCCUGCUGCAGCGGAUCGUGUCGCGCAUGAUGAGCCACCGGCCGGAGGCCGCCUCGGCGCAGACGUCGGUCGCACAGGUGCCUGAGGCAAGCCAGGUGCAGGCCGAGCUGGAGAGGCUCAAGGGCUCCAUGGCCGAAGCAGAGCAGAGGCUGCUUGCUGUCCAGCGGCAGCUGCAGAGUGCACAGCCUCCGAGCAAGGAUGCUGUGUCACUGCUGGGUCAACAACCUUGUCACCGGCAGGCCAUGCGUCAGAUGUCAGUACUGACUGAGUUGAGCAGCAUUGGCAGCGACACCAUUCCUGAAAGCAGCACUCUGUCUUCUUCAGGCACUUCGAGGCAGGUGCUGAGCCGCAGGGUCAACAAUUCUAGUGGGAGCAGCCUGUCCAGCCUUCCCCUGUAUCGCGCAAGGCGUCGUCUGCAGCAGCUGGCACUGCAGACGGACUACCUGGAUGACAGACUCCGUGCCAUGGGCUCCAUUGGAGACAGUGCAUCUACGCUCUUGCGGAGUGUGUCUGGCGACGUGAGCAUGGCAUCGUGUGAGAAGAGCUCAGCGGCACAUUCUUUCGAUGCAGGCUGAGACAUUCGUCUCAUCUAACGAGGGAAGCCGAUACAAACUGUCAGUGUCUCGAGUUACUCUAAGACUGAGGUCUGUCGUACAGCUUCGUUCACAGUUCAGGCUCAACAUGAUGUUUUCAGAAGAAUGAACGCUCUCCUCUUCAUCUGAAUUUCAAGCGUGGCUGGUAUAGAACAUCAGCCAGAGAAUGUUGUGGGCUCACAGUACGUCUCCGCGCACGGCGUCGCCAAGUGGCCCCCGAGAAGUGGAGCCUCACGACCCGGCACGACGGCGCACGGCGAUAGACCCACCGCAGGUUCGAGCACCGAGCCGAAAGACCUGGACGGCUCUGGCCGUACGCAUGGGCGCUCUCCCAGGAACACACGGCGUCCAGGACAGUUAAGGCGUUUAUUGAUCACCAAUGGCCAACAUGUACCAGACUGCACACAAACACA